CGCGUCUCUCUCUUCAAAUUGAUCCUCCACUUUUGCGCUUCAAUGCUUUUAAAGCAUUAGCAGGGAAAAAUCAAUCCAAUUAUGCUAUACCCUUAGCCUCAGCACAUUUAAUCCGAUAUUCUUCCAUCUCUUCAUCACCAAUUCAUCUAGAACCGUGAUGUUGGAAAAUUGCAUACAUUAACUACAAUGGGCUCGUCAAAUUUCGGUGACCAGAGUGAGCCGAGGUUUGUGGUAAAACACAAUCGGACACGGCCACUACGAACCUACAGCAAGCGUACUGCGCCAACCGAUACGGCAGAACCUGUAUCCAAGAAGCGACGCAUGGAGCAAACAAGUGCGAUUCCAGAAACGAAGGAUGAGGCAGUGAAACCACUUCGUCACUCCAGCGUCUCUUGUUCCUCUCCGACUCUACCUCCACCGCAACCCAUAAAGAAAGGCUCAAUCAUGAGCUAUUUCAAGAUUAUGCAACCACUACCGAGCAGCUCAUUAAUCUCUCCAGAGCCGACUUCUGGACCUACCGAACCCGCCAGUACACCUCCGUCGUCCCCUCCAAUGCCUAACUCGAAUCGGAAGAAACGACGAAGGCUUACUACACGUAUAAUAUCUCGAGCUACAUCUGAAGAUCCAAACCAGGAGGAUGAAGCUGAAGGGGAAGAUAAGAGAUUAGACGAAAUAGGCGGUAGAUUGAUGGCAUCAGUAAGCCCAGCAGAUGUGUUAUCUGAUGCUAGUUCGAACACCCACAGCCAAUCGACUGCAAAACGGAAAAGGCAAUUAACAGCUAGGAAAUGUGAGCGGAACAAGAAGGAAGCCUCCAAACCAGGUGCAGUCCAAACAACGCUCAGCCUAUCGAUCUCGGAUAAGGGGUUCACGGAGUGCAAGGAAUGUGGCAUGCUCUACAAUCCUCUCCAUAAACAGGAUGCGAAAUAUCAUGCUAGACGUCACGCAGCCAUGCUGAAGGCGAAGUCGAGUACUCAUGACAAUGAAAUAUCGGAUUAAACCAAAACAAAAGUGCC